UCGUUGAUAAGAGACGUUAUCUUCCUGCCUCCCAGCAAGUCCUCUUGUCAGUGUUAGACUACUUACACCUACAUGUUCUCUCGCUCUUACUCUCCUCUACAAUACUUCUCAACACAUCCAACAAGAGCUCCCUGGUACAUAGUUUAACAUCGAAAGUUUAUUGUGUUCAGCAUCUUGACUGGUGUAGUUCACAAGCUGCCUCAGUAAUCAUGGCACUUAAAAGGAUUAAUAAGGAGAUGAGAGACCUGGAGAGGGACCCUCCCGGCCAGUGCUCCGCAGGACCCAUAGGAACUGACCCUUUCCACUGUCAAGCUACCAUCAUGGGCCCUGAAGACACGCCCUACGAGGGAGGACUGUUUGAUCUCAGAAUUGACUUUCCUGAAGACUACCCGUUUCAGCCACCCAAGGUUUGGUUUACGACGAAGAUAUACCAUCCCAACAUUAGUGACAGGGGCAGCAUCUGCCUCGACAUCCUCGACAAGAACUGGAGCCCAACUCUCUCCAUAUCCAAGGUACUGCUGACCGUCUGUGCCCUUCUAACGGACCCCAACCCUCAAGACCCGUGGAGGGCAGACAUCGCUGACCUCUACAUGAGAGACAAAGAACAAUACGAGAACGAGGCUAGAAUCUGGACCCAGAGGUAUGCGUCAGGCUGAAGAGAAGCUCCAACCUCUUCCAAAAGCUGAAGGAAGACUCCAGAUUCUUCCAACAGCUGAAGACUCCAGACUCUUACCAACAGCUGAAGGAAGACUCCAGACUCUUACCAACAGCUGAAGGAAGCCCUGAACUCUACCCAACAGCUGAAGAAAACCUCUAGACUCUUUUAACAACUACAGACUUCCUGACAGCUGACUGAAGACUCCGGACUCUUCCAACAGCUGAAGGAAGACUCCCGAUUCUUCCCAGCAGCUGAAGGAAGACUCCAGACUCUUACCAACAGCUGAAGGAAGCCGCUGAACUCUACCCAACAGCUGAACAAAGCCUCUGGACUCUUCCAAAACAUGAAGAAAGCUUCUGGACUCUUCCAAAAGAUGAAGAAAGCUUCUGGACUCUUCAAAAGAUGAAGAAAGCUUCUGGACUCUUCAAACAAGUAACGAAAUCCUCGGCAGUCUUCCAACAGCUUAGUCACCUCAUUCUCUUUCCAAUAAUUAAUGUUUUGUGUGUGUAAUUUUCUCCUGUUUCUGUCAGUAAGGAUCUUAGCAACAUUGCAAGUGUUACUACCAGAAUAUAUUUCAUUAACAUUUCCUGAUAUUAUUAAGAUGUUAAUAAAUAUACCCAGACUCACAAUUUAAUAAAAUAAAAAAAAUAGA